GCCCAGUAGGACGUGGAAACCCCAUCGGGACCAGAGAGCUGCUCCCGCGAAAUACGCGCACGCUAGAACAGCCCCACUCCCCAAGUCCCAACAGUCUCUCCACAGCGUGACAUAAUUCGACUCUGGAAUUUCGGAGGUUUUCAGACCUUCGAUCACUCUCUCCAGUCGUCCAACAAUGGCCGCUACUCGUAAUCGCAACGAUGACAGUACUACUGCAGCGGACGUCGUCGCCGUCGAGCUCGAAGCCCUGCGCAAAGAGGACUCUUCUUGGCACCCUUGCCGUGUCUCUCUCAGACUACAUGGAACCUUGCAUGCACAGCUCCAGUGGAGUCGAACUAAUUGUGGACUAUGGGAACGCCGAUUCAGAAGACACUAUAGUUAGGGAAGAAGAAGCAAUUGCGCGUCUGCGCAUUCGUUCUAUCCCUCUAGAUGGCGAUGAUUGUGUCCACAUCCAGGAAGGUGACCAUAUUCUUGCCACCCGAAAGUCACAAUCUAAGAGCCUCUCCUUUGAUGCUGAGGUAGAAAAGGUCCUAAGGGUAAGACACUCAAAGAAGGUCCAUUGCAGAUGUACUUUUGUGAUCAGAUGGCUUCACCAAGACCUUAAAGAAACAUUAACUGUCCCCUCUAGUUCAGUCAUGAAACUGGCUAGAAAAAGCAUCAAUGAGCAUCCAACUGUUUCAGCAUUCUUGACUAUGCUGGAGAAGAGCAUGGGUCGCUCCAAUCCAUCUCCAUUACCACCCAUCAUAGCAGACCUGGACUUUGAUAUCUAUCUUCGCGAAUUGCUGGAGAAACAGAGAGAGAUUAUCAGUAGUUUAACUGAUAUGCCAAAGAAGAGAGUUGCAGGCAAACUUAUGUUUUGUGUGGAAGUUGAUUACGAAGAACAAAAUCAGUAUAGGGCGGCUCGUUCAUCCAAAUUAAGCAAGUCACAUGUUCAAGCUCCUCCUGGCGAUAAUCACUUGAAGAGAACUACUCGGAGCGCAAAAAAUUUGCAAAUAGGAAUGGAAGCGAAGGAUCCAUCACCACCAGCUCCAUCCAUCCAAGAGGAGCUGUCGAAAUGCCGGCCUCCAUUGCAUCCACUUGCUGGUCGUGCUGCUUUUGCAUCAUUAAUGUCAAAAAUGCCUCAAAUAGCUACCUCAGUUCCAUUGAAACCAGAGACAAAUAAAGAUGGAAACUCGCCCAUCUCAACCAUUAGUGCUUCAGGAAAUACUCAAUUUAUGGUGAUGGGUGCUUCUUCCAUAAGGUUGGCGAAGGAGAAGGGAGCUGGAAGUAAUACCUCACAACUUCCUGAUUCUAGGGCCAGUUUUGCAUGCACAGUAUCCAAAACGAAGGUAAGCCAGCCUCCUAAAGUAACUAGGCUAACUCGUUCAGCAAUAAAGAAAGGUGCAGGGAUUCCAGAUGGUAGUUGUCAUGAACAGAAGUUACAGCCUUCAACCAGCCCAAAAAGGUUUACUUGUUUGUCAGUUUGUAAAGCUAAAGAACCUCAGGAUGUGGAGGCUAAACAUAUAAUGGAAGAGCAUAAAUCGGGUAAACAUUCUGUCAAAGAUUAUUCUGAACAUAUCAUUGCAGACUUUGCAGUCCCAGAACGGUCUGCAUUGGAAGAUGAGAAAUUGGCAACUUCACGAAAUGAUUUUGUGGUUGAGUUAUUACCUACUCAUGAUAUGAAUACCCUAAGGCAAAAAGAGGAAUGCAAUAAGAUGCAUGAAGUUGAGAGGAAUCGUUUAAGGAAUUCAACUAGCAGGAACAGGUUUACUCGUUCAGCAGUUCAUGUGGAGAAUGGGAUUAAGUCACUGAAAGCAACACAAGGACUAGAAGCGGAUACGUUAGGACGAAACACAAAGUUGAAUUCAUUUGAAGGAAAUGUCGCUGGCGCCAAGAGCUCUGUAUUGGAAACUACAGACUGGUCCUCUUCAUCACUUGAAGCUGAGGGUGACUCACCCCAUAUUGAGGAAAAUCCAAAUGGAGGAAAGAUGUCCAGUGUGGUGAAGGCCACUGAAAAAACUGAAGGAAACUUUACAGGCAAUGGUGAACGUAGUAGAAGUCUGAAGAGGAAAGGUACUCCAUCAAAGAAGGAACUAAGACGUUCUCCCCGACUUCAGUUCCUCCCUCGGACUCGCUCACAGAACAAGUCUUAGGCUGGCAAGGAAGGAUAGGAGACAUGGUAGGAAUCCUGAUCUUUUUUGGUUUUGUUGCCAUCUUGCUUAAUAUGCCCUGUAGUAUGAGAGGGAAAUCAAGUUCGAAAUGACGCUGCCGUGACUAAAAUUCCUAUGGAAUCAUGGACACGGUCUGGCGUGUCUGUCUAUAAAGUAAUGUACACUGUCUAUAAGAACAAAAGUAUAUCCGAUAAAUAUAUGGAUGAGAAGUUUGCUA